AUGGAACACAAACCUCCUAAGGACCACGGCCCAGUCAUCGAAGUUCGCGUUCACGAGCCAGAAAUUAGGAAUAAGUAUCAGGGAGAAGUGCUAGCCGUUGGAAAUACGUUGUACCAUAUGCCGGCAUGGCGACAGAGUCUGAACGACGGGAUGGCCAAUACAGGGGAGUACUCACCGCCCAAGAAAAAAUCGUCCAAACACAAGUCCGGCCAUCGUGACCGACCACCAAAGGAACCUAUGCCCAAUGCAUUUAUUCACUCCAAAGAGCAGGUAACAGUACAUAUCAAAAUAGUGUUUUUGAAAGUGGGUGAAAUCGACACCAUUAAAGAACACUACAAUGCUGAUAUCUUUCUUCAAGCUCGAUGGAGAGACCCCUCACUAGAUGGCGCUACGAAAAAGGAUAGCGAUAAAGUUGACUGGUCCAACAUCUGGACGCCUCGCAUCCACGUUCAAAACGCACUGGGAGAACCCAAGAUCUCCACCUGGCGGGAAAUUAAGACCGAUGAAAGCGGCCACGCCUACGUGUUGGAGAAGCGCCGCUUGGCGGGGACAUUUGCAGAAAACCUGGAGUUAAAACAGUUUCCUUUUGAUACGCAGGAUCUGUCCGUGUUUGUGAUUUCUGAGUUACCGGAAGCAGAAGUAGAUCUUGUAGAAGAAGAUAAAGAAAUGAGCAUCGUGAACGCUCAGAGCUUUAUUGAUGCUCAGGAAUGGAAACUUUACGAACACAUCGAGUCCUUCCAGCAGCCAACGAGCAAAGAGUUCGUCAAUUCCAGAUACAAACACUCAGGCAUUCUCCUUCAGUGUCGCGCUUCGCGAAAACCAGGCUUCUUCAUGUGGAAUAUUCUCCUAAUUACGGCUUUAAUAUGCACCCUGUCGUUUUGUACAUUCGCCGUGAGUCGGGACAAGCCCCAGAACCGCCUUCAGUUGUCCUUUACGCUCGUCCUAACCGCUGUGGCUUUCAAGUUCGUCCUCAGUCAAAGUCUACCAAAAAUAUCGUAUCUCACGUAUCUGGAUGUGUACGUGUUGCUGUCUAUGGUCCUGUUGUAUGUAGUCUGUAUUUGGCACGCCGUCAUCAGUUUCGCUACCACUGAUGUUCAACUUGCCGAGAAAAUGGAUUUUAUAGCUUUCAUCGUCUUAAUUGCCUGCUAUUCCGUCUGCCAAAUUUCCUUCGUGAUCAAUGUUUAUUUUCAAGCUUUAAGACGAAGAAGAACGAUGAAUCAAAAAGACAGCGCUUACAGGGAGAAAGCACGUCGUCUUUUCGGAGGAGAGUAUAACGAGAAGAGGAAGUCCAUGCGAAGUUUUAUUGAUCGCCGAACAAACUGA